AUGACUGUCUCUUACACGGCACCGCACUGCACUCCUCUUGACCCUAACACCACCCGCCAGGUAUUGCACUGGAGGGGUGCGCUGUAUUGCACUGGAGGGGUCCGCUGUAUUGCACUGGAGGGGUCCGCUGGGUUCGGUGUGAGUCAGCCACGGCCUACCUCCGAUCCAAGGGACCCGGCUUCCAAGAUGCGGUGCAGGCGUGGUGCAGAUGUGGUGCCGGUGUGUUCUGUGCGGUACAGGUGUGGUGCAGAUGUGGUGCCGCUGUCAGGAGGCAUUGUGCGCUAUCUCGAGGCGUUUCUCGACGGGGGUUCUUUUUCCUGUCAUACCACACUACGCCUUCUGUCAGGAGGCAUUGUGCGCUAUCUUGAGGCAUUCCCAGAUGGGGGUUUCUUCCGAGGGAAGAACUUUGUGUUUGACCACCGCCUGGCAGUACCACCGGCAGCGCCACAGCAAGCAACCAUAGGCACGUGCUGCCUGUGCACAAGGCCCUUUGACGACUACAGCGGGAGGAACCGCUGUGCCGCAUGCCGUAUGCUGCUGCUGGUCUGCCCUGCUUGCGCUCAGGAUCAGCCUGAUAUCCUCUCACAGUACUCUCCUCCUCACCCCACCACCACAAGUCCGCUCCACUCACAUCAGCACCAGAUUCCACACGCUGCUUCCACCACGUGCCAUGCUGGCAAUGUGCCAGCUGGCAGUCCUGACGAGGCGCCAGGUGUCAUGAUCGCAUCAAGUGUUGCUGACUCAUUACCAGCUUGCACUGCAGCGCCAUGCAGGCAGCCAGUUGGCAGGUUCCCUCCUGACCAGCUGGAUGGGCAGGUGUACGGCUGGGCGACAAGUUUGUCUCAUCUGAGGAAGGUGGUAUCUGAGCUCGGUCAGUUUGACGGGGUAUUGGGAUUCUCCCAAGGUGCAGCAGUGGCUGCUGCUGUUGCUGCAUUGGCAAGUAAAGAAAGGGAAGAAGCUCAUGCUCUGUUCAGUUGGAAGGAGGUGACAGUGGUUGGGGGAAAGCGGGAGCAGAGAGAGGAGGGGAGUGAGAAAGAAGAGUGUCCGCGGAGACAGGGAGCAGUGAGGAAACAGAAGGUGUGGGGCGGCAUACGGUUCGCGAUCCUUUGCUCUGGGUAUGUGGCUGCUAAGGACGCCCAUCCGUUUAUGCAUGAGUUGAUGGAGAACAGUGAGUUUGAUUAA